CAACGAGGAAAAAUACCACUGUCACAUUCAUAAAUCUUCGCUAAAAUCAAGUUUCAGCGUUACCGUAACCUUGAGUCAGUGACAUUGUCACUACUAGUUCUGUUGAGUUCAUUCGGCGAGACUACAAUUUAUGGAAGAACCAGUUAGAUACAAAAUAGCAGGUCUUUUAUUUUGGCGCGAACUUCAUUCAACCAUCUGGCUGGAUUUCAUCUAGUUUCUAACCUUAACCAUCAAUUGUAUAUUAUAAUUCCUCCAACUGCUUUAUAACCGUCAUUCAGUCCGAAUUACAAGGUGUACAUUCUCAGGGUGAUUAUAGCGUCGUCCAAAGGUCCUCCAUAAAUUAUAAUCUCACCACUGUUAGUUUUUCCUUCCAGUUAUAACAUAUCGUAAUUUGAGACUUAUUCAUGCGCUUUAGUUGUAUAUACGCAUUCGAAAACAAGGAUCUAAAUUCCCACUUAAGCUACAUUUAGGUGCUGGCCUUUUUUCUCAAAAAAUAUUUUCUCAGAGAAAUUUAUGUACAGAUCCUUUGAAUUAUUCAUUACCACUGCUCUUAAUAUUCUGAUCCGGAUCUAUCUGUAUAAGUCCCUUGUUUGUUUGUAAAGGAUUAAUUUCGCUCUUUGGGUCUGAUACACAGUACAUUUUAAAAGUGGGCUGCAAUUACACUGAUAGCAGUAGUGAGUUGUCCCAUCCGUUAUCGGGUUUAAUUUGACAAUAAAUGACCAGCUCAGAUUAUAAUAUAAGCAUGAUUAGAGUUCAUGGAACAAAAGGUAACAUCGAAAAGGUGUGUUUUGGAAAACGGCAGCGUCAAAAUAUAGGUUUUCAAUGUACAAAUAGUUACGUCGAAAAGUUCAUGUUUAAACGAAUUCAAAUACUUUCUGUUGACUUUUUUUAGGUAGUCAGCUGUCCAUAAAAUGUGUGAUGAGUACGGUGGUGCAGAUGACUUUGAAUCAGAUGAAGAGCCUCUGGACGAGGUGCCAGAAGAGGAUUUAGAUACAAAACCUGAAGGUGUCACAUACAUAACAGCUGAUGAAGCGCCGCGCUUAUCAGGUCAAAAUAUGGCUGCCCCAGUAGAGAAAAGUAAACGGGUCACCACUCCAUAUCUUACGAAAUAUGAGCGUGCCAGAGUUUUAGGUGCACGAGCCCUGCAAUUAUCAAUGUCUGCUCCUGUUAUGGUCGAGCUGGAUGGUGAACGAGAUCCUUUGAAAAUUGCUGAAAAGGAAUUAAGGGCUAACAAGAUACCUAUCAUUAUUCGACGUUUUCUUCCUGAUGGAAGUUUUGAAGACUGGAGUUUGGAUGAACUUAUUUUGACCGAAUAAAUUCAUAUUUCUUUUUUUAUGUGGCUUGGGUUGUUCAGUACUGUUGAUAAUCAUGUCUUUUGUCAGCAGUAUUAUCCACUCUCUCUUUCUUCCAGACUAUACAAUUCCUUGUAUACAAUCUUUCAUAUAUUACCACCACUGAAUUAACUACUAUGAAUUCGGUAUUCAUUUUGUUGUGUUAAUGAGGUUAUGGCAACUUGGAUCGAUGUAUAUAUGUGCCUGGUUCUACGUUGUAGUUGACUGACUGACUGUAAAUGAAACUUGGUUUAUUUUCGUGGCCAUUCAUAAUCAAUGUACACAUUGGCAAAAGCGUACAUUAUUCCAAGUUGUUACGACACAUUAGCACGGCCAAAUAAAACUAUCUGAGUAGUAAAUAACACAAAAUAAUGUAUUAGCAAUGAUACUGAGGAAGGCUGAAAGCCUUAACACAACUAUGGUAGCCUAUGGAAAUAGCUUAAAAAAUUCUGUAGCUCAAACCAUUGCACUCUAUAAUUUACGUCUUGGAGUUGUUGACUGAUUCGAAGGGAAUUUUGAAGUAAAGUAAUUUAAAGUCAAGUACGAAAACCUGUAUCUGCUUACUGAAUUGUACCGAAUGUCUUCGCUUGUGCAUCUAUUGUUUGUCAUCAGUUAAUCAACUGCAACGUAGGACCAGGCACACAUAU